AUGGCAAGUGCCGUGGAGAAGGGCGCGGGAAUCGGUAAAAAGACGGGGACUCUAUCACGACCCUCACCCAGUUUCGAUAACGCCUGGCUUUGCCCAAAUCUCGUCACCCCUCAGUCGAAAUCCAACUCAAAAUCCUCACCCACUUCCGGCGGUGAUGGUGCAAAAGACGAGACAACCACCUUGGCAGAUCUGCAUUUUACUGGCCUCUAUGCAGUUGCUAAUCCCUUUCGACAUCCACUCAUCCCUUCUACGGACUUUUCUGAAGACUCUGGACGACCUAGUGAUCAUUGCCCUGUCUACUUUGAUCUCGAACUUCGUGAUACUCUUAAUUAA